AUGUCGGCUGAGCAAGAAGCUGGCGCCGGCCCCAGUGAGCACUUGAAUAUCAAGGUCACGGACAAUAACAACGAGGUCUUUUUUAAGAUCAAGCGGUCAACACAGUUGAAGAAGCUUAUGGACGCUUUCUGUGACCGUCAAGGAAAGCAGAUGUCCACUGUGCGCUUCUUGUUCGAUGGUACCCGAGUGCGACCAGAAGAUACCCCUGAUACACUCGAUAUGGCCGACGGGGACACCCUUGAGGUCCACCAGGAGCAGAUCGGUGGUUGA